UCUAACAGAAUCUCGAGUGAGUCAGAUAACUGCCAGGCAACAGGUGGCACGAUGGAACCCAUGGGGAAAGAUUGCACCCACCGGCAGGUGGAGGGUUGGCUAAAGCUUGCAGAUGCGCCUGGAUGUACAAAGCACCUGGGAUACAGAUCCAUCAUCGAUCAUCGUCAGGCACCUCCGCAGUGGAGGCGGUGUUUCUGCAUCCUGUUCGUAGAGGAACGCGUCUUCGCUGGCUUCAACUGCGAACUGGCGAGCCGGCUGGAGAGCUCCUCAACGCUGAGGGUCGACGGAGGUCAGUCAGAGUUCAACAGACGAUGGGGCUUCACCAGUAUCAACUGCGAUGUGCCGGCGCCUGUUAUAGAGGAGGAGACGGAGCGGGCGGGGGACGGGGAAGAAGGGGAGGAGGACUCGCAUAUGAACGAAGCAGAGCAGAAUGCCGGGAAGGCGCUGAGGCGACAGCAUGCACUGUCUAUGUUCGAUUUUCGGGCUCAGCAGCACAGCCCGCACGAAUCUCCUGCAAACGGGCAUGAAAACGGAAACCUGUCGGCAAAAAUAAACACAACCUACGGGGUUUUACGCGCGCGUAUGUGUAGUCGUAGAAGCAGCCCACUAAGCAGCUGUGUGUAAAUCCUACCACGUCUGCGAAUCAAACUCGCGUGGGUUGCCAUCCUAAUUAGGGGCAAUGAUACAGCGUCUU